AUGGAAGAAACAGAGAAAAAGAUUGCUACACAAGAGGGCAGAUUCUUUUCCAAGAUAAAGAUGUUUCUUUUGGCAUUAACAUGUGCAUAUUUAUCCAAAUCACUAUCAGGAGUUUAUAUGAAUUCCAUGCUCACACAAAUAGAGAGACAAUUUGAUAUCCCCACAUCUAUAGUUGGGCUUAUCAAUGGGAGCUUUGAAAUUGGAAACCUUUUGCUGAUUAUAUUUGUUAGUUAUUUUGGAAGGAAACUGCACAGACCUAUCAUGAUUGGUGUUGGAUGUGUCCUUAUGGGCCUGGGGUGCUUCUUAAUGUCAUUACCUCAUUUUCUCAUGGGCAGAUAUGAAUAUGAAACAACGAUUUCACCUGCAAGCAACUUGUCCUCAAACAGCUUCGUAUGUAUGGAAAACAGAACACAAACCUUAAACCCAACCCAAGACCCAACAGAGUGUGUGAAAGAAAUGAAAUGAUUAAUGUGGAUAUAUGUACUGGUAGGAAAUAUUUUGCGAAUUGGGGAAACUCCCAUCAUGCCCUUGGGUAUUUCUUACAUCGAAGAUUUUGCCAAAUCAGAAAACUCUCCUUUGUACAUUGGGAUUUUGGAAAUGGGGAAGGUUGUUGGCUCAAUUAUUGGACUUAUGUUGGGAUCUUUCUGUGCACGCUUGUAUGUAGACAUUGGGUCUGUGAAUACAGAUGACCUGACUAUUACAUCCAGUGAUACACGCUGGGUUGGCGCUUGGUGGAUCAGCUUUUUGGUCUGUGCAGCAGUGAAUAUCCUGACCAGCAUCCCCUUUUUCUUUUUGCCAAAAGCACUGCCAAGGAAUGGACAACAGGAUAUUGUGGAUGUGACUAAAUAUGAAAAAGUUGAAAAAUAUAUAUAGAGAACCAAAAAGGAAAGCCUUGGAAUCACUAAAGAUUUUUUGCCAUUCAUGAAGAGCCUCUUCUGCAAUCCUAUUUACAUGCUUUUCAGCCUUACAAGCGUGCUCCAGCUGAAUGCAUUUAUCAAUAUGUUUACCUUCUUGCCCAAAUACCUGGAACAGCAAUAUAGAAAAUCUACUGCAGAGAUAGUAUUCCUCAUAGGUGUUUAUUCCUUACCUCCAAUAUGUCUUGGAUAUUUAAUUGGUGGCUUUAUUAUGAAGAAGUUUAAGAUCACUGUCAAGAAAGCUGCAUACCUAGCAUUCUGCCUAUCUUUGUCUGAAUAUCUUCUUUAUUUCUGUAACUUUAUAAUGACCUGUGAUAAUGCCCCAGUUGCUGGAUUAACUAACUCUUAUAAAGGAGUUCAUCACCAACUAUAUGCAGAGAAUAAGUUUCUUGCUGACUGCAACACAAGGUGUAGCUGCGUAACGAACACAUGGGAUCCAGUGUGUGGAGACAAUGGCCUAGCAUACAUGUCAGCCUGUCUCGCUGGCUGUAAGAAGUUCGUUGGAACUGGAACCAACAUGGUGUUUCAAAAUUGCAGCUGCAUUCGGUCAGUCCUGGGGCUGUGUGAGAGAGGCCUUGAGUGUGAUAACAAGUUUCAGUACUUUUUAAUCAUAUCAGUAAUUGGCAGUUUUCUCUACUCACUUGCAGCCAUACCUGGGUACAUGGUUCUUCUGAGGUGUAUCAAGUCUGAAGAGAAGUCACUUGGAGUUGGACUACAUUCGUUUUGCAUAAGAAUAUUUGCUGGCAUUCCUGCACCUAUUUACUUUGGAGCUUUGUUAGACAGAACCUGUUUACAUUGGGGAACUCUGAAAUGUGGUCAGCCAGGGGCCUGUAGAAUGUAUGAUAUAAACAGCUUCAGGCGCAUUUUCCUUGGAUUGCCUGCUGCACUGAGAGGAUCAAGCUAUCUCCCUGCAUUGUUCAUUCUAAUAUUUAUGAAGAAAUUCCAAUUCCCUGGGGAAUCCAACUCUUCAGAAACUGACCUUGUGGAGAUGAAGCUCACAGUGAAGGAAAGCGAGUGCACAGAUGUGCAGCACAGAAGUCCUAAGGUGGAGAGUGAUGGAGAACUGAAAACCAAGCUGUAA